AUGCUGAGCCAUCUGCUGUCCAACUCAGGCAGCUCCAAGUCGAGUGGACCUAUGAACACUGCCUUCUCAAAGAGCGAUCUGGCCAGCGUAAUUGGCAACGAGAACCUUCAGUCGUCGAGACUAGGCCUGCCAAAGAUCAGCGACUUCGCGGAGUCGAUGGACGUGAGUCGUCUUUCACCUGAGCAACUCGCAGCGUUAGCUCUCUACUACUCUGGCCCGUUCGCCGAGGCUCAUUCGGCCUCCCAUGCUCCUGCCUCUGCUCACGUUGCCCAGGGCAACAGCAAAUCCGAGGCAGACUUUGGAGAGGCCUUUGGCCGAGGUCUGCCCUCGGACCCGGGCAAACCGUCGCCUCGUCCCCUCGGCAUCGCUCCGGACGAGCCUCUGACGCAGCCGGCCCCCGAGACCAGUACAGCCCCGGCAACUCUGUUGGUACCGUCGGCUGCCGGCCUGCUCUCCGGCCUCAAUCUCAUGCAUCCCGCUGCGUCUGGUCUCUCUCCGUCGAGUGAGUUGAGGUGGAGUGGAUCUUUUCGGGAUACCUUAUUUGCUGAUACACACAUACACAAAACACUCACACCACUAUCACACCGAUCAACCGGGUCCGUUGCAAAUGGAAUUUGCCCAGGGCCACUUAAGAUCACCACAUUUCAGCAAUACCAUCCCUGCCAUCGGGUCGUUUCGACCACGAAGAGAAACUGA